UGGUUAUAAAAUUGUCUGUCCUUUGUGUUCAUUCUCAUGACUCAUAUCUCCUGAUAACCUCAGCAUGGCCCCAACUCCCUUUGAAUAUUUUUACCAAAAGGCAAAGGAAUUCAGUUGUCUUCCUGAUUGUGACUUGUCCCCUGUCUUUGGGCAUGGUGUGAACUCAAAAACAAUCCUAGCCAUAUAUACCACUAUAUAGCGCUAGGAUUUUUUUCCUAGGCCCCGGGAUGUGUUCACUGCCCACCCUGGACCCCAACUUGAUAUUGACCCAUACUUUGCAUCGCGUCCCCUUGCUUCCAGGCAUGCACUGCACUGUCGAUGAGGUAGGGGGCCUAGAUGAUUUAUAGUCAAAGUGGGGAAACAUCGUCUCGUUCACUGAUAAUGUCCGUUUCUGUAUUGUAUUAUAUGUACACACAGUUUAGACCUACAUAUGCCUGGAUGUGCCCAUAUGCAGCUUGCAGGAAACUGAAGCAAAGGAGCGUGCAGCGCAGACAUGGCAGAACAGCGACUUUUGUGUCAUUCUGACGAGCUUGAUAUUGAUAUGGACCCGCCUCCCGCCACUCCACUUGGUUCUCAAGGACAAGGUUCGUUUGCUGGGGAAGCAGGCGGGGAUAAUGUAGCACCAGAGUUCCUGAGUACUGCCUCGGAAUGGAACGAAAAGCAUGCUCGUGAGCUCAAUAUCACAUACCAUAACAGGAACUGGCGUUCAAUAACGGCCCAGUUUGAUUUUCUCAAGCCCAACCGCUCGGAAACUGAAGAAUGGAGAACUAUUACUGAUGUAUUCAAGGGGCUGAUGGACUCUGUUCCACUGAACAUCCAGCCUGCCUCGAGCUCAGAUGUCAUGAAAAUUUUGAGAAAGAAAAUAACACCUGGGAUUUCUAUUGAAUGCCAGAAGGAACUGUCUGGGAAAGAUAAAUGUACUAUCUGGGAUCUGCUGAAUUAUGUUCGAUUAGUUCGUGAAAAGAUUUCGUCGAGGCGAGUUGCGAAGGAGAUGAUUCGCAGGACUGGAGCCAAGAAAUCUCUGCAUUUAUUCAUUCCUAAUGUUUGCAUGUUCCUGGACGGUCUCAUAAUCAUCCUGAACAAAUUUUGUUCUGGCGUUGCCCCGACUGAAGCCGCCUUUCAGCAUUUGUUUGUCCUGUUUGCCAGGAUAUUUAUGCUGUCAUUCAGCCCUGGGAACAUAUCGCCAGCCCGGGAGAUGAAAAUAUUUGGCAACAAAGUUACAUGCCAACCAGACCUUCGUUAUGAAUAUGAUUCCAAAUAUCCGGUUGUACUUGUAUCCGUUGCUGAGGUAAAGAAGUAUGCUCCAAAAAAGAAGGCUGCUUCUGCUCGACCUGAAGGUCUUGUUGCUCGAAGUGCCACUGGAUCAGAUAUUGGCAGCAACCCACCGCCACCCAAACGAAUGAAAAUGGAAAAUGAAGAUGAUGAUGAUGUUGAUGAUGAUGAUGAUGAUGAUGAUAGGGAAACUGAUUUUCCAUCCAGUGUUAAGGGCAGACAUGCUGCAGAACUGCUCCUUGAAGUACCAUUCACUAUUCAACGUCAUUUUCCUGACAAAAAAUGUGUGUUAGGUUUAGUCCUUCAGGCUACAAAGAUUCGUUUCACCUGUCUCGAGAUUAAGGAAGACCACAUGAAACAGCUCCGGGAACUGAAGUUUCAUCCACUGAAAGAGGGUAGUUCUGCACGUAUCUAUCACACUGCGGCUUGGGAUAUGUUAGUCAAGAACGAUUGGGAGGAAUUAGUGGAGAUGAUGGUGACACUUAGUUCCAUUGGAGAAGAAUCUACAAGACCAUUGGAUUAUUCAUCACUAUCGGCUUUUUUGCCAGAAUCUGACUAAACAUCCAAAAGUGAAAUUCAUGAAGAAAACUAGGAGUGUGGUAUAUUGAUAUUGUUAUGUUUAAUGUGAAACUAGAAGUGACCCGUUAUUCGAGCUACUACAAGAAAAGAAUUAGUGGAGGUGAUGGUGACACUUAGUUCCAUUGGAGAAGAAUCUACAAGACCAUUGGAUUAUUCAUUACUAUCGGCUUUUUUGCCAGAAUCUGACCAAACAUCCAAAAGUGAAAUUCAUGAAGAAAACUGGGAGUGUGGUAUAUUGAUAUUGUUAUGUAUAAUGUGAAACUAGAAAUGACCCGUUAUUCGAGCUACUACAAGAAAAGAAAUGUGAUGCCCAAGGACACAGGUGCGGUAAUAAAAAACCUGGCAGUUUCAGCCAUGUACCUUGCAGACCCCCUGGGCAUAUAUCACAGUGAAGGCAGUGAGAUGUUUCGACGAAAAUAUUAAAUUGUGCGCCUGUCUCUCUGUAAAUAUUUGUCAUGUCCUUGAAGUUACUUGUUGGUUAAAUAAAACAGAUAUAAUUGAAUAUAAGUGUCUCUCCUUUGUGGUAGAGUAGAGUGUUUAAUCUCAUGACUCAUAUCUCCUGA